ACUGAUGAUCAGAUGAUGGCUGAGACCUCAAGUUCCCCAGCAGGUUCAUCGCCUUCGUUUUUCCGAGGACAUUGGGAAGGUUGGAAAGGUUAUUGGGGCGACAAAUUUGCAUUCCUUGUUGACUACAGCAAGUUUGUUAAACGCGAAAAGCCGAUACCCUCAUGGUCCGAUUCUGAUGUUGAAGAAUUCAUCGCUUCCGAACCUGUUCAUGGCCCAACUCUGAAGACUGCAAGGGAAGCAGUAAAAUUUGCUGCAACUGGAAGUAUUAUUGGAGCAAUUUCGACUGCUGGAAUUGCUUGGAAGUAUUCUAGGAGCCCUCAUGGUGCUGCCUUGUCGUUCGGAGCUGGAGCUGUCUUUGGUUGGACCUUUGGACAGGAAAUUGCAAACCACUGGCUACAACUGUACAGGUUGGAUACCAUGGCUGCUCAGGUGAAGUUCUUGGACUGGUGGGUGAACAAAACUGAGAGUCAGUGAUAGAUUCAUAGGGUCCUUCAUCCUCUCCCACUAAAAGAAAAGCAUGUGGUGGUGACCAAGAAACUGUGAGACAGCUUCAUAAUAGAUAUUUUUUUAAGUAUUUCUAUGCUCUCAUUUGAUGGAGCAGUGAAAACUUGAUCCAGCUUUUGAUCAGAUUCCCAGUUUGAUAUACUGACUUUCUUGUCGGAAUAUUGUCCUUCCAUUAGUUGAUAUAUCACCUCUUGAAACCUUUGUUU